AUGGCAGCGUCCCUGGUCUUAAACUCCACGGGGAAGAGUUGCAAGUUGCAGUGUAUGUUUCUGUCAUUCCAGAAAGCAAGUUUUCAGCGGUUGUUGUAUUCAGCCCAGAGAUAUCGCUCCAGUCAGAACAACAGCAGUGAUCCAAAGAGUGAAAAACCACAGGCAGAAACGCAGACACUUGACCCAGUGAAAGGAAAGAUAUGUGAUAAGAAACCUAUGAACGUUUUACUAGAGGCAGGAAAGAAGUAUUUAUACUGUACUUGUGGUUACAGUAAAAAUCAGCCCUUCUGUGAUAGCUCUCACAAGGCACCCAAUUUUGUGGCUAACCGACCGCAUCACAGUAGAUAUCGACCUUUACCUUUCACCGUAGAAGAAACGAAGGAAUACCGGCUGUGCCUCUGCAAGCAGUCAAACAAUCGGCCAUUUUGUGAUGGGACACACAAACGACCAGACAUCCAAACUGCUGUUCUAUCAUAA